AUGUGGCGCCGGUCCUUCGCGGCAACCGCGUCCUUGGUCCGAGUACCUGGCAAUGUGCAAGCGCGACCUCGCUAUCUGCAAUCGCGCUUGGCAACGACCAAGACGAUCACGACGCCCAUCUACUACGUCAACGCAGCGCCGCACCUCGGCCACCUCCACUCGACGGUCAUGGCCGAUGCGCUCUCGCGCUGGUUCCAACUCGCGGGCCACCAGACGCUCUUCUCGACGGGCACGGACGAGCAUGGGCUCAAGGUGCAGCAGGCGGCCGAGCGCGCAGGCAAGCCCACCAAUGUGUUUUGCGACGACGUCGCGACGACGUUCCAGACCAUGUGUGCGCGGGGCAAUGUGGCCUACGACCGCUUUGUGCGCACGACCGAGCCGGAGCACAAGGCGACCGUCCAAGGCCUUUGGAAGACGCUUUUGGCCAACGAUGCCAUCUACCUCGGCCAGCACGAAGCGUGGUAUUGCGUCUCGGACGAGUCGUUCUUGACCGAGAUGCAAGUCGAGGCGAGAGCCGACGGCCAGAUGGUCUCCAAGGAGAGCGGCCACCCCGUCGAGCUUGUGAAAGAAGAAAACUACAAAUUUCGUCUCUCGGCGUACCAAGACGCGCUCCUCGCGUGGCUCGACGCCAACCCGGACGUUGUCCAGCCAAAGUCCCGCUUCAACGAGGUCCGCUCGAUGGUGGCGGGCGGCCUCCACGAUGUGUCGGUCUCGCGCCUCCGCGAGAAGAUUCAGUGGGCCAUUCCCGUGCCACACGACGAGAACCACUCGGUGUACGUCUGGCUGGACGCCCUGAGCAACUACUUGACGUGUGCGGGGUAUCCCGACUCGGCAAAGCUCGCCGAGAACUGGCCCGCGAGUUAUCACAUUGUGGGCAAGGACAUUCUGAAGUUCCAUGCGAUUUACUGGCCGGCGUUCUUGCUCGCCGCCAAUCUGGCGCUGCCCAAGCGCAUUGUAGCUCAUGCGCACUGGACGGUCGACAAUGUCAAAAUGUCCAAGAGCCUUGGCAACGUGGUUGAGCCCAACGCCAUCAUCGACUCCUUUGGCGUCGACGCUGUUCGGUACUUCUUGCUGCGAGAAGGCGUCUUGACCGACGACGGCGACUUCAACGAGGAGCUCUUGAAGAACCGAGUCAACAGCGAAAUUGCUGAUACCCUUGGCAACCUCGUGAUUCGCAGCACGACGCUUGCGUUCGUGCCCGAUGGCAUCGUGCCGACGGGUGGUGACUACUCAGUAAGCGACUUGGAGCUCAUUGCAGCGCUGGACGCUAUGGUCGAGACGACGCAAGCCUACUACGAAAAGCCCGAUUUUUCGAUGGCGAUUCGGUCCGUCAUCUUCUUCCUUCACGACAUCAACCGUAACUUUUCCAACAAUGAGCCGUGGGUCGUGGCCAAGGAGCUCAAGGACCCGAGUGGCUUGACGACCGACGACGUCGCCGCCAAGCAGCGCUUUGUGGACAACACGAUGCUCAUUUCCAUGGAGGCGGCGCGCAUCAGUGCGCUUCUGUUGCUGCCCGUGAUUCCGACGACGGCGACGAACAUCCUCGACUACCUCAACGUCCCGAGCGAGCAGCGCACGCUGGCGCACGCCAAGUUUGGCCACUCAACCUAUGGACCUAUCCGCAACGCCAAGGCCAAGGUCAAGUUUGUGCCGUUCCAGAAGCUCCAGUAG